UAGGAGCAAAAUGCAAGGCCAUAAUAACUCCUGUAGACCCCACUUUUAGCGCCCUCGAAAAUCAAUGAUGAAUGAAUGCAUGCUUUUAGAUUCCUCCAAUGGAAUCCAAUUGAUGAUUUGGGGAUUCACAUCACAUCUAUCCAAAUUGAAAAGGCCAAUGAUCAUCCAAACAUGAAACUCCUUUGAAAGAAUUGCCCUAAGAAAAUUUGUCAUUAAAUUAAGUAAAACCUGUGUCUGUUUCAUUUACUACCAAUGAUCAUAGAAUAUUAGUAACACAUGAUACCUCAGCUGACACAGUCACAUCACAUGACCAUCUCUUGCAUCCUACAAAUUAAAUGAAAAAAAAAAUAGAAGAAUUCUACUGAAAUUCCAUGAUUCCAUGCUUGGAACCAAGUAACCAAGUACCCUUAAGGACCCCAAAAGUUUGAUCUAGAGACUGUAGUUGUAAUUUGAUCAUUGGCAGAAUAAACUCUCCUGAAUGCAACAUAUAAUACAAUGAAUCUAUACCAUGAUGUGGAAAGUGAAGUUAGUAGAGUAAUUUCAAGAAAUGGAUUUACUUUAUAAAAGCAAGCAAGGAUUUUUUUUCCACCAGCAUGGUUACCCCACUGGUUAAACUUUAAAUAUACUGACCAAAAGUCGUAUAAUUAGGUGAGAAAAAGCUUCACUACCGGCAAACAACACAUGCAAAGUUAAAAACAAGUUAAAUAAAACCUACUGAGAAAACCUGACUUUGCUGUUGUUAAUUGUCACCCCAAAAGAUUUGACAAAUACAGAUGCCCAGCAAUAUAGGGGUAGUUACAAUCUAAGAAAUCUGUAAUAUGUAAUUAUUUCUCUCUUCUUUCUUUCAUGGACCCCCACAACCAUAAUCUUCCUUCUAUAGCUCUCAUGGCAAUAGAGUGGCCAGGAAAGGAGCAGUUGUCUUUCCAAAAGUGAUGGUUAGUUUUUAAGUACUUCGGGAUAGCCUUUUCGACUACGGUCCAUACGGGGCACCACAAACUGCUCAAAACCAACCUAACUUGCUUAUGACACAAUCAACAUAUCAUAGUUUGGAAGAGUUCUGUUAUAUCUGGCUUCCUCAUCCCCUUUUUCACGUUCUUCAGCUGCCAUGUCUGUAUUCCAUUUAAUAAUUUUCAUAUGGGUCCUUUUGUCAAUAAGCUGCGUUAUCUUUCUUACUUCUGCCUCAUGGUGCCCACACUUUGUUCAACAAACAACUCGACAAUUCGAGCAGAGAACAGAUCGGUUCUGGGAGUUUCAAGAGCAAUCCAACAGCUGGGUUGAAGUGAAACUUCCGUUUGAUCUUAUGUCUUGUGUUAAUGAUAACUGUACUAAAGUGGGUUUGAUUCAUCAAACAACAAAGACCAAAGAAGAGCAAUUAGAAUAUGAAAAAGAAGUUUCUAACCAAAAGAAGAACCUAAAAAUGAGGGAUGAUAUGGGAAAACUAGAGGAGAACCCUUAUACAGUUUUGCCUUUAAGAAAAAGAAUUUCCUUGACUAAAAUGUUGGAUACAUCCAUUUGGGUCACCGGUGAAAGUGGGUCUAUCUAUGAGAGGUUCUGGAAUGGAGUUCAGUGGGUGAUAGUACCACGUGACUUGCAGAUAUCAGCAGCUCAUGCAGUUUCUGUUUGGAUAGUCAACCAGACAAUCCUUGCUAUCUCAGAGGAAGGAACUCUAUAUCAGAUGCAACUCAGUGACAGCUCACAGCCAAUUUGGGUGGAGUUCAAACCUGAAUUCAAUCAAAGUACAAAUAAAGCGGAAAAGAGUUCAGUGAUUCAAAUAAAGUCUGGUACUGUUUCAUAUGAUGGGCUGAGAGUUUAUUUCUGCACAAAGAAUGGCUUGUUGCUAGAACUCAGUGAGGUUGAGCCCCCAAGGUAGAACUUUUUUCUUUCGAAGUCUUAAUGCAAGUAGUGACCUUCAAUCAUCGCUACCAUUGAUGCCUCAAGUCUCAUAUGCCAGUCUCUAUAAAUGACAUUUAGAUUUCAGUAGAAGACUCUAAUAUCCAGUUGGAUUAUGUGCUGUAAACAUAGUACAGAUGGGAGAGUCAUGGCCGACCACCAGGAGCAGAUGUUGCAGCAAUAGCUAAUGCAGCUAGAAUUAGAACAGAAGUAGUAUAUACAAUAAGGUGCUCUCUCUUUCUCUCUGUAAGUACAUGCACACAUCCACAAUCCUUUAGGCUUUGCUUGGUAGAGAGGAUAGAAAAGAGUAAGGAUGGAAAACUUGUUAAUCUAAUGGUUAAGCUUCAAA